AUGACCUCAAUAAGGAUACGAUUUAUGAAGAUGAAGAGAACGAAUACGAGAUUAACUACGCCAACUCGGAGGAUUCGUUUGGCAUGGGUGGUGACGAUGAUGAUGAUGAAGGUCCGAUGUUUUAAAAUGUAUUUUAGAAUGAAUAGUUUGUUUUUUGUAAAUUCCAGAAAUAGGGACACCUCGCUAUUUGACACUAUGGUGAACGAUUUGCGUUAUCCCUCUGCUGAAGAAGAAUGUCAGAAGCACAAGCUGAAGCGCCUCGUUCAGGCUCCUAACAGCUAUUUCAUGGAUGUCAAAUGCCCUGGUUGUAUGACUAUCACCACUGUGUUUAGCCAUGCGCAGACUGCUGUUGUAUGUGAAAACUGCAACGCGCUUCUGUGCACUCCUUCCGGAGGCAAGGCUCGCAUUGUCGCCGGCUGCUCUUACAGACAAAAGAAGUAAAUUGGCUACUCUCAGAA